GCUAGCCUUCAUACUUAACUGGUGUGGGUCUGUUCAUCUUAAUUACCACCACAUGAACGACUUAAUUACUCACAAGUCUGACAUAAUAAUAAUAAUACCAAUCUGGUACCCAUUCCGCUCAAGGGUAUUUGUAAAAUUCCAUAUCAAUCCUCUUAAAAACCAACGAUUUCGUACUAGUCCUUCAAAACUUAACCAAUAGCAUUUUAAUCCCAACCUUUGACAAUCAAAGCACCUGUACAUAUGGCCUUAAAAUGAUCCUACCACCUUUGGUAUUUCAUUAGUUUACUUGUUUCUCUCGUUUAUUUAUGUGCAUCUUAGCCUGUUUCUCCAACAAUUACCAUUAGUAAUACUACUAAUACAUCAUCGUGGUACAUAUACCAAGGCAAGCUAAAUAAUUCAUAAUGACAGGACUUAAUGUGAUUAACCAUAAAACAAAUUGCUAACAACUUCCUUAAAAGAAUCACAUCUCUCACUACAACCAAAAAUUUUACAACCAAACUAAAUUUUGUUGAGAAAAAGUUAGUAUUUACAACCAAUUAAAUUUUGGUAGCUAAAGUAUUAACAAUUUGGUUGCUUAUUAAAAUCAAAGUAUUGAUAACCAAAUAAGACUAGAAGAGACCAAAUAAUUUGGUAGCAAAAGGAUUUAUACUUUUUUCCAACCAAAUAAUUUUGGUAGCAAAAUUGUUUUUAGUUUUUCCAACCAAAAAAUUUGGUAAUAUGAUAAUUUUUACUUUUAUCCAACCAAAUAAAAUUGAUUAUGAAUUUAAAUAAGAAUUUUCAAAAUCUUAGAUAACUAAAUUAUUUGGUUGUCAUUGUGUUGCUGUUGUAUAAAAAUGUAGGUACUGUAUGUAACUAUUACUCAAACUUAGUGGUUGUAGACUUGUAGUAGUAGUUGUGCAUAAGAAUCCAUCUUUACGCUUUUUUUCUUCUCUAUCUCCUUCCUUCUUCAGUCUCCCCAAAUGUCGAUUCCUCCUCCUCCUCCUCCUCCUCUUCUCAAUUCCGAUUCUGACUCAAAUUUCUCCUCUUCUCUCAUCUCCUCUUAAUUUACAUUCCUUAUUUGCUUUGUUGAGAUCCGGCAAUUCCACUUUCCCAAAGAUAGCUCUAGGCGCCGUCAUCUUGAUCCCCGAUGACAAGAUAGAUACUCUCGUCACCGCCGUCAUUGAGAAAGUCAUGGAGCCGAAGGAGCACGAGGUGUACCCUGGCGUCAUUGCGAGAUCACGAAAGCCGGCCUGUAGCUCGAGUCGUCCCUGGCAUUGUCGAGAGAACACGCAAGCCGAAUACGCUGGAGCACGAGCGUCGCUCCAAUCCCUAGCCAUGGGGUGCAAUCCCUCGCCAUGGGGUGCAAUCCCUCGCCAGGGCCGAUGUGAUUUUGAUCUCGAGCACGGUCGCCGCCUCGGAACUGUGAGGCCUUCUCCUUUGUCUCUCUGAUCUCUGUUUACUGAGCUAGGGUUCUGGAAGCUCUUGUCGCGGGGGAAUUGAUCUCGAAUAAUCCUGCCUCCAACUCUGGCAAAUUCCUUCUCCGCAGGUGAAUUGGUCUUUGCAUCAAGUAAGAACUGAUAGUUAUCUGUUGAGGUUAAUGUGCUGAUUCUUACUUUGUUGUGAUGCUUCGGUGUGAUUUUUCGUUGUGAUUUUUCUGCAUAACAAAGGUUUAAAUGAAAAUGAGUUCGAGGAGGUCGUUUGAGUGCUUCAGCAGGCACCGUAGAAAUCAGGUUAGAAGUUUUGAGUUUUCUAAAAUCUAACUUCUUCGUUCUUUGCUCUAGUUGGCCAGUCGUUGGUGUUAGUUCUUGAUUGCAACACUAGGUGAACAUAAUUAUUGAUACUUGGAGCUUUCAAUUAUGGAAGUGGUGAAACCGACAAAGAUUGAGGUCACAUCUGCACGAAGAAGCCAUGAAGUUGACUCAAGCUUUGUCAAGCAUCCUGCUUCCUGUGAGACGAAUGUGGCUCCAACUAAAUGAGAUGAAACUUCCUGUGAUUCCAUUAAGAGCCUUGAUAUUGAGUAUGUGGACAAUAAUGACUUGCAUGAGAUUGAUUCUAUCAAUAAGAAGGCAUUGAACAAGCUCUAUAUUACUGAUAAUGAACUAGCAGCAGGUGAAUUAUUUUGACAAAACCUCAAUUUGUCCAGUCAUCUGUCUUUUUCUGGGUUGCUGAAGAUGAUCAACCACGUUGUUGCUAUACAUGGCUCUUCUAAAUUGAUUUUUGAAUUGGAGUGCUUGCAGAAAAUGUGUGUCAGAGAUGGAUUCGGUGUCAUUGAUAUGGAUACAGAUGACAAGGUUAUAAACCUGGAUACCAAUUUUGAGGAUCCUCAGCUUUGUGCAAUUAUUGCUUCUGAUAUUUUCUUGACCAUGGGUAGGUCAUAGAUGAUGCAAGCACAUAUUAUUAAGUUUAUGAUAGAGUGGGAUUUAUUCUUGCCCUGUUUCAGCAACUUUGCCCCCUGAGCUCUAAUCAAGAUCAUUGGUUUUUCAGGGUUUUGGCUUGCAUUCUAUAUGAAGAAACUUUUCACAGGACGGGCUUUGGUGCUUGACGCGUUGUCUUGCUCUUGUAUUUCUAGCACAGGCCUGAGUGUCCUUUGUGUUUCAGUGUUCUGGUUUCCUGCUCCUUCCCACCGGGUCCAGUGCUUGUUUCUAAGGUAGUAAUGUACAAAACUCACAUAAUAUUUUCUCUGUUUCUAAGUCGUGCAUAUGAUAAAUAAAUUAAUGUUUAAUUCGUCCAAGAGAUUGAAAAUUCUCGCUGUCGAUUUUGUUUCCAGUAUAUAUGUUGUUAGCUUAUCUGCUUUGGUUCUUGCCUGAUCUAAUUGUAUUAUUGUCUUUUUCGUUGGUUUAAUUUUUCUUCUUAUCAGGAUAGCUGAACUCAUGAGCACAUUCCAUCCAUACAGGUCUGCCACUACUUUACCUACUAAGACCUAAAUAGAUUUGAUUGGUUUCAUGGGAUGAUUUCUGUGACACUACUACACUGCCAUAGUAAAUAGAUUCGUGCAUGUUACCACUACCGUUGGUUAUGUUUCGUUCAUAGUUCCCCUGCUUUGUUGAUAUAUGCAGAAUGCUAAAGCUAUCAACUACUGUGUCUACAAUUGGUGUCCUUUGUUUUUCCUUGAUUUUCAUUCGUUUUCAUAUUCGGGUGGUAUUGAUUAUGGAAGCUACAUUAUGCAUGCCAGUUCUGUUUGGUCUUCGUGCAUAAUGUGGUUGAAAUGUGAUGAUGGUAAUUGAUGAUAGAACGUUGUGUCUAGUUUACUUCAAUUAGUUAGAAUGUUCUCAGAAGUAGAUUUAGAGAAUCUCGUGAUACCAUAGAUAAACUUCAUUAGUUCAAGUGUUUUGAUUUUUCUCUCAUAAAGCUAGUUAUGUGAAUUCUCCGGCUUAGCUAUUUUGCUGUCCAUAUUGCAGCGAAGAGGUUUCAAGGUGAACCUGCAAUGUCUUCUGCAAUUUUACUUACCUUCACCCUACACCCUGAGCUUCAUUAGCUACAGUUCAACCUGAUUUUGAUUUCGUUGAACUCCCUCAGUUAGUUAAGUUUUAGUUACCCUUUUCCUCCAUCCCCUGUUAUACCUUUUACUUCUAUCGUUGUUGCAGGGGAAUCUUUUUAUUUUUAUUUUAUGGCACCAGAUAAAGGUAUCCAUUUGUUAUAUGUUCUUAUUCUAAGAUGCAGAUGCUCUUUAAAGUUGGGAGUUGAAUUGAAUUCAUUGAAAAUGAGACAAGAUUACUGUGUCUUUUUUGUAGUCAGUAUCGGGAACUUAGGACUCAUGCUAGCACAUCUGUCACCUAAUUACUUUUAUAUUUUAUACUUUGAAAUGCUGCAGAAGUGAAUGAUGAAUCUGGGGAUCCAAUUUGGAAGAAGCGAGCCGAAAGCUGGAAGGAUAACAAGAAGAAGUAAAGAGUUGUAGAAUUAUGGAUUGGGUUAUGAAGGUAUCUGUGAAAUUAGACACUUAGAGAUUGUUCUUUUUGAGAUGAUUUGUCACUGCUAAUCCUCACUUAUGUUAUAUAUGAGAUGCAAAAUUACAUUUGUAUGGAAUAAUAGUUUCUACCGUUUCUCAUGACCAAAUUUUAUAGUUGCCUUAAACUCUUACUACAGAACAGGUUUGUUGUUAAUAUUACAAAAUUGGUUGACAUAUAUGUUUUUCACGAUCAAAUUUCAUGGUUGUGUUAAACUUUCAUAACCGAGAAAAUGGUCGUCUUUAAUGAUUUAAUUGGUCAGCGAAUUUAUUUUUCAUGACCAUAAUUGUUCGUUGUGUACAAACGUUCACUACCAAAAUGAUUGGUAACUAAAAUAAGAUUGGUAACUAAAAGUAAAAUUUGUAACCAAAUAAAUUGGUUGUAGUCGGAACUAUUACAACCAAAUAAAAUUGGUAACUAAAUAUUCAGAUUUUUACCAUUGAUAAUAUUGGUUGCGUUAGCCAUUCUAUCCGCUACCAAUCUCCUUUUUCUUUCGAUUUUGGAGGCUACAGAUCACGGAUUCGUCUCGAGGCUAUUCUCCACCGAUAAUAAAGUCUAUUGAUCCUAUUCUGCGCCGAUGAUUAAGUCAAUUAAGCACAGAAUUGGGCCAAUAUAUUUUGGGAUGGCAUUUUCGUAAUUAUUUGAUCAGUUUUUUUUUUCGAAAGGCCAUUUUACUUGGAUUUUGAAGGAUAAAGAUGGUGGAUUCGGCGUGAGGCUAUUCUUCAACGACGAUUAAGUCCAUCCAGGGCCAAUUUGGGCGGAUUUCUUCCGGGUCAAUUUUUGGCAGACUCCAAAGGGGUACCAUCACAGAUUUCGGGCGAUUUUUCCGAAAUGCCAUUUUCUUUCGAUUUUGGAGGCUACAGAUCACGGAUUCGGCUCGAGGCUAUUCUCCACCGAUAAUAAAGUCUAUUGAUCCUAUUCUGCGCCGAUGAUUAAGUCAAUUAAGCACAGAAUUGGGCCAAUAUAUUUUGGGAUGGCAUUUUCGUAAUUAUUUGAUCAGUUUUUUUUUCGAAAGGCCAUUUUACUUGGAUUUUGAAGGAUAAAGAUGGUGGAUUCGGCGUGAGGCUAUUCUUCAACGACGAUUAAGUCCAUCCAGGGCCAAUUUGGGCGGAUUUCUUCCGGGUCAAUUUUUGGCAGACUCCAAAGGGGUACCAUCACAGAUUUCGGGCGAUUUUUCCGAAAUGCCAUUUUCUUUCGAUUUUGGAGGCUACAGAUCACGGAUUCGGCUCGAGGCUAUUCUCCACCGAUAAUAAAGUCUAUUGAUCCUAUUCUGCGCCGAUGAUUAAGUCAAUUAAGCACAGAAUUGGGCCAAUAUAUUUUGGGAUGGCAUUUUCGUAAUUAUUUGAUCAGUUUUUUUUUCGAAAGGCCAUUUUACUUGGAUUUUGAAGGAUAAAGAUGGUGGAUUCGGCGUGAGGCUAUUCUUCAACGACGAUUAAGUCCAUCCAGGGCCAAUUUGGGCGGAUUUCUUCCGGGUCAAUUUUUGGCAGACUCCAAAGGGGUACCAUCACAGAUUUCGGGCGAUUUUUCCGAAAUGCCAUUUUCUUUCGAUUUUGGAGGCUACAGAUCACGGAUUCGGCUCGAGGCUAUUCUCCACCGAUAAUAAAGUCUAUUGAUCCUAUUCUGCGCCGAUGAUUAAGUCAAUUAAGCACAGAAUUGGGCCAAUAUAUUUUGGGAUGGCAUUUUCGUAAUUAUUUGAUCAGUUUUUUUUUUCGAAAGGCCAUUUUACUUGGAUUUUGAAGGAUAAAGAUGGUGGAUUCGGCGUGAGGCUAUUCUUCAACGACGAUUAAGUCCAUCCAGGGCCAAUUUGGGCGGAUUUCUUCCGGGUCAAUUUUUGGCAGACUCCAAAGGGGUACCAUCACAGAUUUCGGGCGAUUUUUCCGAAAUGCCAUUUUCUUUCGAUUUUGGAGGCUACAGAUCACGGAUUCGGCUCGAGGCUAUUCUCCACCGAUAAUAAAGUCUAUUGAUCCUAUUCUGCGCCGAUGAUUAAGUCAAUUAAGCACAGAAUUGGGCCAAUAUAUUUUGGGAUGGCAUUUUCGUAAUUAUUUGAUCAGUUUUUUUUUCGAAAGGCCAUUUUACUUGGAUUUUGAAGGAUAAAGAUGGUGGAUUCGGCGUGAGGCUAUUCUUCAACGACGAUUAAGUCCAUCCAGGGCCAAUUUGGGCGGAUUUCUUCCGGGUCAAUUUUUGGCAGACUCCAAAGGGGUACCAUCACAGAUUUCGGGCGAUUUUUCCGAAAUGCCAUUUUCUUUCGAUUUUGGAGGCUACAGAUCACGGAUUCGGCUCGAGGCUAUUCUCCACCGAUAAUAAAGUCUAUUGAUCCUAUUCUGCGCCGAUGAUUAAGUCAAUUAAGCACAGAAUUGGGCCAAUAUAUUUUGGGAUGGCAUUUUCGUAAUUAUUUGAUCAGUUUUUUUUUCGAAAGGCCAUUUUACUUGGAUUUUGAAGGAUAAAGAUGGUGGAUUCGGCGUGAGGCUAUUCUUCAACGACGAUUAAGUCCAUCCAGGGCCAAUUUGGGCGGAUUUCUUCCGGGUCAAUUUUUGGCAGACUCCAAAGGGGUACCAUCACAGAUUUCGGGCGAUUUUUCCGAAAUGCCAUUUUCUUUCGAUUUUGGAGGCUACAGAUCACGGAUUCGGCUCGAGGCUAUUCUCCACCGAUAAUAAAGUCUAUUGAUCCUAUUCUGCGCCGAUGAUUAAGUCAAUUAAGCACAGAAUUGGGCCAAUAUAUUUUGGGAUGGCAUUUUCGUAAUUAUUUGAUCAGUUUUUUUUUUCGAAAGGCCAUUUUACUUGGAUUUUGAAGGAUAAAGAUGGUGGAUUCGGCGUGAGGCUAUUCUUCAACGACGAUUAAGUCCAUCCAGGGCCAAUUUGGGCGGAUUUCUUCCGGGUCAAUUUUUGGCAGACUCCAAAGGGGUACCAUCACAGAUUUCGGGCGAUUUUUCCGAAAUGCCAUUUUCUUUCGAUUUUGGAGGCUACAGAUCACGGAUUCGGCUCGAGGCUAUUCUCCACCGAUAAUAAAGUCUAUUGAUCCUAUUCUGCGCCGAUGAUUAAGUCAAUUAAGCACAGAAUUGGGCCAAUAUAUUUUGGGAUGGCAUUUUCGUAAUUAUUUGAUCAGUUUUUUUUUCGAAAGGCCAUUUUACUUGGAUUUUGAAGGAUAAAGAUGGUGGAUUCGGCGUGAGGCUAUUCUUCAACGACGAUUAAGUCCAUCCAGGGCCAAUUUGGGCGGAUUUCUUCCGGGUCAAUUUUUGGCAGACUCCAAAGGGGUACCAUCACAGAUUUCGGGCGAUUUUUCCGAAAUGCCAUUUUCUUUCGAUUUUGGAGGCUACAGAUCACGGAUUCGGCUCGAGGCUAUUCUCCACCGAUAAUAAAGUCUAUUGAUCCUAUUCUGCGCCGAUGAUUAAGUCAAUUAAGCACAGAAUUGGGCCAAUAUAUUUUGGGAUGGCAUUUUCGUAAUUAUUUGAUCAGUUUUUUUUUCGAAAGGCCAUUUUACUUGGAUUUUGAAGGAUAAAGAUGGUGGAUUCGGCGUGAGGCUAUUCUUCAACGACGAUUAAGUCCAUCCAGGGCCAAUUUGGGCGGAUUUCUUCCGGGUCAAUUUUUGGCAGACUCCAAAGGGGUACCAUCACAGAUUUCGGGCGAUUUUUCCGAAAUGCCAUUUUCUUUCGAUUUUGGAGGCUACAGAUCACGGAUUCGGCUCGAGGCUAUUCUCCACCGAUAAUAAAGUCUAUUGAUCCUAUUCUGCGCCGAUGAUUAAGUCAAUUAAGCACAGAAUUGGGCCAAUAUAUUUUGGGAUGGCAUUUUCGUAAUUAUUUGAUCAGUUUUUUUUUUCGAAAGGCCAUUUUACUUGGAUUUUGAAGGAUAAAGAUGGUGGAUUCGGCGUGAGGCUAUUCUUCAACGACGAUUAAGUCCAUCCAGGGCCAAUUUGGGCGGAUUUCUUCCGGGUCAAUUUUUGGCAGACUCCAAAGGGGUACCAUCACAGAUUUCGGGCGAUUUUUCCGAAAUGCCAUUUUCUUUCGAUUUUGGAGGCUACAGAUCACGGAUUCGGCUCGAGGCUAUUCUCCACCGAUAAUAAAGUCUAUUGAUCCUAUUCUGCGCCGAUGAUUAAGUCAAUUAAGCACAGAAUUGGGCCAAUAUAUUUUGGGAUGGCAUUUUCGUAAUUAUUUGAUCAGUUUUUUUUUCGAAAGGCCAUUUUACUUGGAUUUUGAAGGAUAAAGAUGGUGGAUUCGGCGUGAGGCUAUUCUUCAACGACGAUUAAGUCCAUCCAGGGCCAAUUUGGGCGGAUUUCUUCCGGGUCAAUUUUUGGCAGACUCCAAAGGGGUACCAUCACAGAUUUCGGGCGAUUUUUCCGAAAUGCCAUUUUCUUUCGAUUUUGGAGGCUACAGAUCACGGAUUCGGCUCGAGGCUAUUCUCCACCGAUAAUAAAGUCUAUUGAUCCUAUUCUGCGCCGAUGAUUAAGUCAAUUAAGCACAGAAUUGGGCCAAUAUAUUUUGGGAUGGCAUUUUCGUAAUUAUUUGAUCAGUUUUUUUUUCGAAAGGCCAUUUUACUUGGAUUUUGAAGGAUAAAGAUGGUGGAUUCGGCGUGAGGCUAUUCUUCAACGACGAUUAAGUCCAUCCAGGGCCAAUUUGGGCGGAUUUCUUCCGGGUCAAUUUUUGGCAGACUCCAAAGGGGUACCAUCACAGAUUUCGGGCGAUUUUUCCGAAAUGCCAUUUUCUUUCGAUUUUGGAGGCUACAGAUCACGGAUUCGGCUCGAGGCUAUUCUCCACCGAUAAUAAAGUCUAUUGAUCCUA